AUGGUAUUUAUAUGGAAUCUUCAAUGGUUAUGUUUACAUUUUAUACUUUGGCAAUGUAAUGUAAACUAUGUAAAAACAAUGUGGCCAUCAUUAAAUUCGUCAACUAUACAAUUAUUAGGCCUAUUUUCAGACGCAAUAAAUGCAUCCGAACCAACAACAAUUUCUGUUCAUUCUCGAGCUAUGUUCAAAGCAGCAAUACUUCUUUCUCAAUUGUAUAAUAUAACAAUUGAUGGUAAAUACAUCGAAUGGCAAACAAUACAAACUGGUGGCGAUUUAAUGAAUAGUCUUAGCAGUACUUGUCGAAUAUUACCAAAUUCAAGUAUUGUUGGUAUUGUUGGUCCUGCCUUUUCGAGAGAAGCUGAGAUGAUUGCUACAUUUGCAGACAGUAUUGAUUUACCUGUAAUAUCAUAUUCUGCUACAGCUCCUGAUUUAUCUGAUCGAAUGAUAUAUCCAGCAUUUUAUCGUACUGUUCCAUCGGAUAACACUGCUGCAUUUGCAAUGGUUGAACUAUUUAAUCGAUAUAAUUGGACAUCAUGUAUUAUCAUCUAUCAAAAUGAUGCAUAUGGAUUUGGUGGUGCAAGAAUAAUUAAUGAAGUCUUUAAUAAUCAUGGACUAACAGUUAGCAACAUGAUUAUUUUUGAUAUUAUGUCAUUAAAUACCCGAGGUGAUUUAAAAGAUAUUUUAGUUAAUAGUCCAUCGCGAAUUAUUAUAUUAUGGACUGCUGCAAUUUAUACACGUUUAAUAUUAGAAAGUGCUUUUAAUUUUGAUGUACUUGGCCCACGAUUUACAUGGAUAUUAAGCGUCCAUGAUAUAAUAAAUUCAUUUAAUUGGACAGUACAACAGAAAUUAGUUGGAAUGUUGAGUAUAGAACCAGUAACAGGAAGUGUAGUCAAUGCAUCAAUAAAUACAACAUUAUUAAAAGCAGCGUGUGAUAUUUGGCAACAAUAUGAGCCAGAAACAUUUCCUGGAGUAACAACAAUGAUAGAUUAUUAUGCAUUAUUUGCAUUUGAUGCAACUUGGUCAUUAAUUCAAGCAUUACAACAAUGUUGUUCAACAGUUUUAAAUAAGUCUCUUUCUGAUAUAUCAAUUAUUGAUUCAUCAUAUUGUUUUGAUCGCCAUUUUAUCAAUGGUAAUAAAUUCAUCUAUACAAUCAGUACUGUUGAAUUUCUUGGUAUAUCUGGUCUGAUACAAUAUUCUUCGAAUGUAACAGAUAGAAUAAAUGGUAAUUAUUAUAUUCUAAAAAAUUUUCAAUCCUUCUCAAAUGGUUUAGAAGUCAUUCCAGUAUUAGUAUGGUCUGAUUCUAAUACAUGGCAAAUAUAUACAGAGACGAAUGUUAUUUUAUGGCCUGGUAAUACAUUAUCUCCUCCAACUGGUCGUGCUGAUAUGAUUGGUGUUACAUUACGAAUUGCCGUUAUCGAAACACAUCCUUUUACAAUGACAAAAAAUGUAAUCGAUGAAUAUGGACAAAAUUCUACAAAGUUAAUUGGUUAUUUUCCUGACCUUAUUGAUCUGUUAGUCAGUAAAAUGAAUUUUAUUCCUCAGAUUAUAUUGGUACCAUCAAAUCAAACGUAUAAUAGUUUAAUUGAUGCAGUAGCUAAUGGUGUUUAUGAUAUGGUUGUAGCUGAUAUGACAAUCACUGCGACACGAACAGAAGAAGUUAGUUUUUCAAGUUCAAUAUUUGAUAAUUCUUUACGUGUUAUUACUCGAAUAAAAUCUGCUGACGAAAUGGAUCUUUUGGCAUUUUUAAGACCUUUAUCACUUAAACUUUGGAUAGUUCUUUUAGUGUCAACAUUAUUUUCUGGAUUUCUAAUCUGUUUAUUUGAACGACAAGAUAAUCCAGCAUUGCAACAUAGAUCACUCAUUAGUUCAGGUGCGAUGAGUGCAUGGUAUUCUUUUGGAACUAUAGUAGGCUAUGGUGCAGAUUUUACUGUAACAACAGCUGCUGGACGCUUAGUAACUACUGGUUUAUAUAUAUUAAGUUUAGUCAUCGUAGCGACAUAUACUGCUAAUUUAGCAUCUGAUUUAACGAUCUCAAAAACAAAAGAUAUUAUUUCUGGAAUUGAUGAUAUUAAAAGUGGAAAAUUAUCAUAUAGUCGUAUUGGUAUUGUUGCUGAUUCAUCAAUUGAAGAGUAUUAUUUACGAGAAGUUUCGGAAGGAACUCGAAAUUUUUAUCCAUUACAACAAGAAAAAGACAUAUAUACUAAUUUAAUAAAUAAUAUAAUUGAUGCAGCUAUUAUGGAUGCUGGUGUUUUAGAAUACGCAACUUCAAGUUUCUACUGUAAUUUAACGAUAGUAGGCACAGAUUUUGACCAGAGUGCAUUUGGUAUUGCUGUACCUAAGCUAUGGUUAUAUGCUGAAAAUUUAGAUAUUAAUAUAUUAUUAUUAAGAGAAUCUGGUGAUCUUGAUGAUUUAAAAAGAAAAUGGUUUCAAGGUACUACUUGUUCAACUUCAUCUGAUAUAAUUACAAGUACAACUAUUGAAUCAAUGAGUGGUUUAUUUGUUACAUUUAUAGCUAUUAUCAUUUUAUCAUUAUUUACAUAUAUUUGGAAAAAAUAUUAUGGCAAAAUAAAGCGAACUAUUAAUAUAAAUAGACCGAAUGAACCUGUUAUCUCAAAAAACAAAAUAUGUACAGAUAAAAAUAUAUACAUAUGA